CCGAGGACGGCCGAACACUCGGGCAGGGGCGGGGCUUCGUAUUUGGAGAGCGCGACUCAGCGGGAAGGACCCGAGGCCGAACCUCGGGAGUUGGCUCGGAAAGAGGAGGGGCCAGGUCCCGAGCCACCGGAGGAGGGCGGGGCUUUGGCCUCCGAGGUCCCGGCACCUGACGGGAACACCCGAAGGGCGGUGCCGAUAUGAACCUUUCGAAGAGGGCGUGGUCUGCGCUAGGGCAGGUUUUCCGUCGAGGCGCGGAGGCCGGGACGGCAGUACUAGCCCAGACCCGAAGGCUGGCCGCGGGGUCCGAGGGACCCAGCGGACCCGGCGGCGCCGUCAGGCCCGGGGCCUGGCGGGCUCGCCAGGGGUGGAGCCUGGUGCCCAGGGGGCGGGGUCCGCUCCGCAGGUGGCGAACGCGGCCCGAGCGAGGCUCCACCCCCUGAAACUCGAGGGAGGGGCUUUGUCCAGACCCACCGCCCCCUCCCCGGGAGGUGGGAACGCUGGGUGUCGAGAGCUUGCAGCUCUUGGCGUGACUACUGUGCCCCUGGCCUCCCGCAGGAGGAUGCUGGUGGUGGAGGUGGCGAAUGGCCGCUCCCUGGUGUGGGGGGCCGAGGCCGUGCAGGCGCUACGCGAACGCCUAGGAGUAGGGGGCCGCACGGUGGGCGCCCUGCCCCGCGGGCCCCGCCAAAACUCGCGCCUGGGCCUCCCGCUGCUGCUGAUGCCUGAAGAGGCGCGUCUCCUGGCUGAGAUCGGCGCAGUGACCCUGGUCAGCGCCCCGCGCCCGGAUCCCCGCCAACACAGCCUGGCUUUGGCAUCCUUCAAGCGCCAGCAAGAGCAGGGCUUCCAGGAGCAAAGUGCUCUGGCAGCUGAGGCCCGUGAGACUCGUCGUCAGGAGCUCCUAGAGAAGAUUGCAGAGGGCCAGGCUGCGAAGAAGCAGAAGCUGGAACAGGAAUCAGGGACCAGUGGAGGCCAGGAUGCCCCUGGGCACCCAGCUGCUGAAGAGAAUGAGGCCAGUGCUAGCCAGACUGCUGGAGAACAGGAGGAAGCAGGUGAAGGCUCUUCCUCUCCCCAGCCGGGGCCUUCAAAUGAGGUCACCCCUUUGCCCAGGUCUGCCCUGCUCGUCCAGCUGGCCACUGCUAGACCUCGGCCCAUCAAGGCUAGGCCCCUGGACUGGCGUGUCCAGUCCAAAGACUGGCCCCAUGCUGGCCGUCCUGCCCACGAGCUUCGCUACAGCAUCUACAGAGACCUGUGGGAGCGGGGCUUCUUCCUCAGUGCUGCUGGCAAGUUUGGGGGAGACUUCCUGGUGUAUCCUGGUGACCCGCUCCGUUUCCACGCCCACUACAUCGCUCAGUGCUGGGCUCCCGGGGACCCCAUCCCCCUCCAGGACCUCGUUUCUGCCGGCCGCCUCGGCACCAGCGUCAGAAAGACGCUGCUCCUUUGCUCUCCGCAGCCCGAUGGUAAGGUAGUCUACACAUCCCUGCAGUGGGCCAGCCUGCAGUGAACUCCAGAGACCUAUGGGCAUGGGGCCGUGUCCCUGGCAAGAGCCUUUCCAGAUGGUGCCCGGCUCAUCUCCACGUGGGAGGCUAGACCACCCUCCUGCCUCUCUUGGUGGUUAGCGUUUGAGUCCAGAUGUAUCAACACUAUAGCCUUCGGAUGUCCCUCCCUGUUUCAAAGCACUUAGCGGCUGUGUUGUUUUUAUAGUUAGCGAUUUCCAAAUGUGACCUUCUUGAGUCAUCUCUGUUUUCUACGGAGCUUAGGUCCCAAGAGGUCUCAAUAAACUUGUUGGAUAAAAAUG